CUUUUAUCAGAAACUGCAUCUGCCCGAUGUCUGUUGACUAAGUAUCUAUUUAAGUGUGGGAGAGCCAUGCUUCGGCACGAAUGGGCCGGCUCGACCAGAGUGAUACCAUGGCCCCCAAUCUCCCCAAUGCCGAAUCCCCAACAAUCGUCAAAUUCCUAAUCCUAGUCUCUCCAAUCCCCGAAUCCCCCACAAUCCUUAAAUUCCUAAUUCCAACGCCUCUGGUGUUUCGGGUGUUCAUGGGCGACGCCAAUUGCUUACCAUCAGGUGAUCCGUCGGCCCGUUGACAGGCUUAUACCAUAAAAAAA